AUGGAAACAUCGCCGAAUUCUGUGCAUGAACAGAAAGAAGGCGAUGAACAGGAAAGCCCGCCAUUAAAGACACCUGGCGGCUCACGUCCUCCGUCAUCGAUAUUACUGAAUAUUAGCGCCCCAGGAUCGCAGGCUUAUGAGGUUUACGGUAACAGCCAGGAAGUCUGCGAAAGCGUGAACGAUAAUGAAUCACAAGAUAUGAGAUACUGGUUGAGCGGAAAAGAAAGACAAAAGAGACGUCCGAAACGCAAUGUUACGGCUAAUUCCGUCCCAGUUCUCGAGCAAACCCAAAAUCGCAUUCUUCGCCCUUCUGGAGAUGUUGAAUUCCAAAUUGAGAACGAAAAACGCAGAGAGACUGUUUGUGAUUCGGCGAUAGGUGAAAGUAACAGGUUAUCGACAUCGAGCAAAUGCUUUCCAGACGAGGAAGCGAAGAAAACAAUGAAACGGAAAAUGGAAGGAAGCGCUAUGACUUAUAAAAAAAGAAAAAUGGAGUAUGAAAGUUCGGAUGAUGAUGCUGACCAUGUGCCCGAUUACGGAUCGAAAAAUGAAGAAGUAUCAAAUGGGGAAAAUAAAUCCGAUGGAAAAGAAAUGUAUGAUGGUAUUGAAAGUGAUGGAAGCUAUCAAUCAUAUGAAAAAAAUGGAGAUAUUAAUAAUAUGAAAGAAGCGUCUGGCGAGGAAAAUCAGUCGGAUAAAGAUGAAGAAGGUAGAGUGUCAGACAGUUAUGAGAAAUCGGGCGGUGCUGAGAGAUGGUACAGAAAAAAUGAAUGGUCAAUGGACAGUAAUGAGCAAAAUCAUGGAGAACGCACUGCCUAUUCUGUGGAAUCUAACCGGUUCAAAGAUUUGAGCGAAGAAAGAGAAUUUGCUGGCUACGCAAAUGAUUCACCGAAUACGUCUUCUGAAAAAUCUCCACAUUCGUUGGGAUCACGAACAAAUAGAAAUCCGGAACCCAAAACUCCAUUUAACGAAGACAUUCACGACAGCAUGGCAAAUGAAGACUAG